UCUGCGAAGAAAAAAUGGAUCAGGCCAAGAAAAAUAAAAAAGAAGCCAGAGAUGAAAAGCUCAAGGAUCAAAAAAUCGAGGAGCAGAUUCUAAAAACAUUGGAAGAGGCAAAGACCCCGGAAGAUAAAUUUCAACUAUUGCUCAGUAAAUAUGUGGAAAGUGAACGUCUGCACCGGCGUUCCAAACAGGAUACCAAGGCUUUGGAAAAACAGCUGGAGACUGUGGUCCGUGAAAAAGAGAAUCUACAAAGGGAAUAUAAUAAAAAUGUCCUAAUGAGGGACAAGCUGGAAGAGGUAUGCCGGGAACAACAGAAACUCAUAAAAUCCGUUAAAAAUGAAAGUAUGCAAAAGAUCCGCGAAGAAGAGGAACGCCGCAAGGAGAGUCAAUCAAAAUUCCAAUCUUCCCUGAACGAGAUCAAUUUAUCCCUUAACAAAAACAAUGAGGAGAACAAUAAAUUACGUGAUCACAAUAUUGAGAUGACCAAAAAACUCAAAUUCCUUGCCGAACAGUACCAGGCCCGUGAACAACAAUUGGAAAAACUCAAUGAGCAAGUUCAAAUUGAAGCCCAGCUAUACAGAGCUAAAUUGAAUAAGGUCCAAGUGGAGUCAGCCAUGGAAAAGGAAAUCCUUAUCAAGGAAAAACAAAUUGUCUUGGAAAAACUGUUGAGCACCCAACAAAUGCUUAAGGAGAUCAGUGAUCGUGAAAAGGAUUUGAAGGAACAAUUGAAUUUGUACACAGCCAAAUAUGAUGACUUCCAAAGUUCGUUGCAAAAAUCCAAUGAUAUUUUUGUUACCUACAAAACGGAAAUGGAGAAGAUGUCUAAAAAUUCCCGUAAGCUGGAAAAAGAAUGUCUUGAAUGGAAACGUAAAUGGGAGAAGAGUAAUGCCACCCUCAUCGAAUUGGCCACAGAGAAAAAAGAUCGCGACGAUUAUGCCAUGCGCUGCAAUAAACAAGUUGAACAGCUGCAAAAGCUGUUGCGUGCUUUACAAAAUGAACGCAGCCAUUUGUAUAAGGUUAUUAAAGAAAAUAAUGUUGAAGUGCCUCCACUACCUGCCCUGCCAGCUGAACCUGAGCCAAUGCAAACAAAGCCAAUUACAAGCGUGGCUGAUAAGGAUAAAAUUGAAAUAAUGUCGAAAAAUUGUGCUGAACUAAAGAAUACGUUGGCAAAUUUACAAAAUCAAAUGAAGGUGUUGAAUUUGAAGGGUGAGGAACAGGGCAAACAACAACAGCAACAACAACAGGAGGAAUCUUCGAAGAAGAAGCAAAAGAAAAAGUCCAAAUCGAAAAAGAAUCAACAAAAUAACAACAAAGAAGCUUCCCCAGCCAUUUCGGAGGAUACAAUUAGUGUAAAGGAAGAGGAACAAGAACAGAAGGAGGCCACGGCAACAACCACAACACCACCUCCCGAGAAUGGUGUAACGAAUGCGGAAGAAAAUACUACACCAGCUGAAAAUGGCAACAACGAGACACAUGCUGCUGAAGUGAAAGCCGAACUGGAAACACCCAAUGAAGUUACUCCUCCAGUUGCCGCACCGGAACUUAAAGAAGAAACCCCUGCCAAUGCUCCCGUUGAAGUUGCCAAUUAA